AUGCUUCGAAAGGGCAGUAGAGCCUUAGGAAGCAUCUUGGUUAUCUUCACCAACCAAAACAACAACUUACAGAUAAAUUCUUGGCUUGACAUGAGAAGCUUGUGGCAUGGGAGCAAAAUUGUCAUGAAUUUAGCACUGAAGAGAAAACUAAGUGUUCCUAGGGGAAAGAUGGGGUAUUAA